UCCCGCCUCAACCACACGCAACACCACAUUCCCAACCGAGAUGCACCCUGAUAUCCGCCUCAUAUAAUCAACCAUCUAUUCUUCUGCAAUCCUGCAACUCUCCACCAUGGCCAUCAAAACACCCGCCCUCCUCCUCCCCUCCCUCGUCUCGCCACUCUCCAGCUCGCACCACCUCGUCCUCUAUCCCCGACCAUCAUCAUCAUCGCCAUCAUCCUCACAAUGCCAGCGCUUCAACAAACGACGAUACGCCACCACCUCCUCCUCCUCCCCUUCACCCCCCGACGCAAGGAAAUGGUCCGACUCCAGCCCCUCCCCCGAAGAAGCCGCCCACGAAUGGCCCAAGUCGCCCCGUCCAACGCCCUACGAAGUCCUCGGCAUCUCCAACAAGGCCGCCGCCUACGAUAAGCGCCGCUUCUUCCACCUCGUCAAGCUCUACCACCCCGAUACCCACGACCACCAUCACCACCACCACCACCACAACCACAACCACCAUCCUUCAUCAUCAUCAUCAUCCCCAUCAUCAUCGUCGUCGUCAUCGUCAUCGUCAUCGUCGAAAGCAAGUAUAAAGUCCCUCUCGCCCGCCACCCGCCUCGAGCGCUACCGCAUGAUCGUCGCCGCAAAUGAACUCCUCAGCGACCCCCCCAAACGCCGCCUCUACGACGCCCACGGCAUCGGCUGGGCCCACGGCGACCAGCCCUCCGCCCUGCGCGACAUCGACAGGUCCUGGCGCCACCAGCCCGGCUCCGCCGCCAACAACGCCACCUGGGAGGACUGGGAGCGCUGGCGCGAGGCCCAGCAAGGAGGAGGAGGAGGCAAGCCCGGCGAGCCAGUCUACAUGUCGCACGGCGCCUUUGCGUCCAUCGUCGUGCUCAUGUGCCUCGUCGGGGCCAUGGCGCAGACGAACCGCGCGGAGACGACCGGCGCGCAGUAUGUCGGCUGGGUGGACCAGCACAGCGCCGAGAUUGGGGGCAGGCUGAGGAGGCAUGGGUCGGCGGUUGCGGGGCUGAGCAAGGAUGAGAGGGUCGACUACUUCCUGCGGGAGCGGGAAAACGUCAACUAUCAGUUUGUGCCGAGCAAACACGACGAGACGACUCAUCCACCUGGCCCAUCCUAAUCAGUCUCGGGUAAAAAAAGAGGUCAAUCAUCCAGUGACCAGAACUCCAUGUACAAUUAUAGCGAAUGAUGUAACGAUAUCUUCCAAUUCUAUGAAUCCAGUCAUCUCUCCCAUGAUACAUACAUUAUUCCAUCGACUUCAAGUCUACUACAUACAUAUUAGGUAACAUUAUAAACACGCUACAUUCAUCAUGACGGCGUUAGUCAUUAUCAAACAACUCGUACAAUCGUGAA